UCCCGUUUGAAAGAUAUUGAUCCCCCAAUGAGACAAUCCGGUUUGGUGUAUGGGGUUGGUUGUUCGAAUUGUGAUGCUAUUUAUGUUGGACAAACGUGUCAAUAUUUCGGAUCCAGAUUGAGGCAACAUCAGUUAGAUUGUAAAAGACAAUCUGAGGCAACCGCACUUUCCCAACAUGCUAAGAAUGAGGGACAUCUUUUUGAUUUUGAAAAUGCGAAGAUUCUAACCAAGGAGACCAAUUGGUUCAAGCGUAGUUUCAAAGAGAUGUUGCUUAUAAGAAAACACCCCAAUUCUGUGAACUCGAGAUCUGAUAUUGGUUCACUCAGUAUUGCGUAUUCGAAUUUGAUAAAGGAAAUAAAUAAAUAGUUUUUCUCGAGUGCACGCAUUCCGACCGCGUAUGUGCGAUGUUCUUGUUUCAUUCAUAUCAAUGCGUCCAUACCUACCUGUACGUCACGUUAAUUUGAGACCCCGAGAUGAACCUGCUUUUUUCGAAUGAUUUUACGAGUUUGAAUUUUUCAGACGAUUUUUAAUUCAUUAUUCAUAAGAUAUGACGAGUCAGCACUAUUGCCUGAGAUGGAAUAAUUACCAGAGUAAUAUGACAUCCGUUUUUCACCAACUUUUACAGAACGAGGAUUUCGUCGAUGUAACUUUGGCUUGCGAUGAUCUUUCACUAAAGGCUCACAAAGUGGUUUUAUCUGCGUGCUCCUCCUACUUCCAGAAGCUUCUGCUGGAGAACCCCUGCAAACAUCCCACUAUCAUAAUGCCCCAGGACAUCCGGUUUUCGGAUCUGAAGUUCAUUAUAGAGUUCGUCUAUAAGGGGGAGAUAGACGUUUCACAAACUGAACUGCAGUCUCUCCUCAAAACCGCCGAUCAGCUGCGCAUAAAAGGCCUCUGCGAGUCGACCAACGAGAGGGAAAAUCCCAACUUCGAGCAUUUCCACUCGUCCAACGUGACCAGGAUCAGGAAAUCGGCGCAUCUGGUCAACGAAGACCCUCUGGAUGACUGCAUCAGGAAGGAGAAAGUGAGAAAAUUGGCCACCCCCAAAUUGGAACGUUGCGAACUAGAAGAGGACGUUUCGAACGAUGGUGGAAAGGAGGAAAUGCCUGUGAAUUCAGAUGGUAGGAUACGAGAUCCUGACCAACAACGAAGAACUGCAUUGAAUAUGAGUAGCCAGGGGCUGCUUGCUGGCCAAACGCUAUUCUCCCACUUCGGGGUAGAUACAGAUGACUUCCCUCCAGAACCCCCGGCCCCCUCGGCCAUACCUGUCGGUCACGUGGACAUGGACCAUUCGCCCACGAGAACCCUGCUGAACAGCAGUUCCAUCCAUAGGACGGACAUUUCCGAUUCCAAAUACGAGAUCAAGAAGGAGGCGAUAGACAUCAAGUUCGAGACCUUGCGAUCCUACGAUCAAGACUCGUUGCUCGAGAUUGACUCGCACAAUUCCCGGAUGUCCGGCGCCGACCUGUCCAGAGACAGCCACGAGGAUCAGGACCAGUCCAUGCAUUCCAUGCUGGUGACGCCCGAGCUCAUGGGUAUGGUACCGGGAGUUUCUAGUCGGUCAGAGGACAUCAUGAAUGGCAGCGGUGAUAUGCUGAUGGGCAAAAAUUCAUCAGAUACAUCGAGAAACCCAGGUGGUCCUAAGACGUGGACGCAGGAAGAUAUGGAUAUGGCCUUAGACGCUUUGCGAAACCACAAUAUGAGUCUAACAAAGGCAUCUGCAACCUACGGUAUUCCCUCCACUACUUUAUGGCAGAGAGCCCAUAGAUUAGGAAUAGACACUCCAAAGAAAGAAGGUCCAACGAAGUCCUGGACCGAAGAAAACCUCAAUAACGCCUUAGACGCUCUGAGAACAGGAACGAUAUCGGCAAAUAAAGCUAGCAAAGCUUUCGGUAUCCCGAGUAGUACCCUAUACAAAAUAGCCAGAAGGGAGGGAAUCAGAUUGGCAGCACCUUUCAACGCAGCGCCGACAACUUGGACACCAGAAGAUCUCGAGAAGGCUCUGGAAUCCAUAAGGUCUGGUCAGACUUCCGUACAGAAAGCAUCGACGGAGUUUGGAAUUCCAACUGGGACCCUCUACGGGAGGUGCAAAAGGGAGGGUAUAGAGCUGUCUAGGUCUAAUCCAACGCCAUGGUCUGAAGAUGCAAUGGGAGAGGCCCUAGAAGCUGUCAGGCUUGGCCACAUGUCCAUCAACCAAGCGGCCAUCCAUUACAACCUACCCUAUUCGUCCCUGUAUGGUAGGUUCAAAAGGGGUAUAAAGUAUGACUCUGAGAACUUAGAAGGAAAUUCUGACAGCAAUUCACACUUAGAGGUCGCUUUCGGCAUGGAAUACACCAAUCCUCAUCCACAACAGAUCCAAUACCAGAAUCAAACCAGCUGAGAUGAAAUUUUUAAUUUGGAUUACCUGUAAAUCCUCAAUAAUUAUUCCAAUUUCGUUUGAAGCAAUCUAGUUUGAUGGGGAUCAACCCCUCUCUCCUCCUGAAGCGUUGAAGGAAGAUUUCAGUUAGUUAUUUGAUUUUUCUGAUAGUAUUACAAACUUAUUUUCAUAAAGAGUUGAGGCGGGUCUUCCUAACCAAAUUAAAAAUGAACUGAAAUUGAAAAUGAAGCUGGAAAACAGCUUAUAUCUAAAACGAAAAGCUUUCGCUUUAAAUUUGAAGUUACUCAACAAUAUAUUACGAAUUUUUCGGUCUAAAAUGUACUAUUGACGAUAGUUUCGUCUGAGUGCGCUGUGUUCUUUCUGAAAUUUCAAGCAAUUUUUCGAAAUCAUUUGAGUGUAUAGGAAAUUGAGUUACCUUUUUGAUGAGGAAGGUGUGCAAUAUGAAUGCCAAUUCUUAUUCAUCAAUAGUAUAAAUGUAAAUAACUCAUGUAUAUUGUACUGUAGUUAAUAUUCUCCACUUUUUGUUGUUUUGAUCAUUGUUGUUGAAGUUUGUUAUGUUUGUUUUGUCUGACUUAGGGUAACUAUAAUUUUUAUACGAUUAAUGAUACCUAUCUACUUACAUUAAGUAUAUAUGCAUUUUAUAAGAUACUGAAUAAAUGUUUAAUUUUUUAUUUU